AUGAAAUGUUCCAACACUGGUUGCCCUUUUGCUGGUUCACCUCCAACCGGCCACAAAAUGAUUGAAAAACUCUUAAAUCGUAGCUGUGAAGGGCUUCAGGUGCACAUCGAGUGCUCUGCGCGAUGUCAAUUUGACGAAGAGAAGACAGAAAACCCGUGGCGUAUACUGCAACAUCAAGGUGAUCACCGGCAUGUUUGGCCUGAGGCGAAAAAGGCGGAUCCUAUGUCUAAGAGCCAGCUGAAGGACAUGGUCGUCAAUGACCCCAAGACAGGACCUUUGGGAUUAAAGGUUGGCCGCGCUCAUGCAGGCACUGAUCCUAUCCGAACUGUGGUGGAUGUACAUCCUUCAUUUGGAAAUGCGGACCGCCUUGGGUACUUGCGACGAUUAUUUCUGGUGGAAGCUGGAUUGAUGCCGGAUUCAAAGGACAAAGACGGGGGCGAUAGAUGGCUCCUUCAGUUAAUUCAUUGGACCACUAAUGGCAUGCGAAUAGUGUCUGAAUCCCUAAAAGUCGAAGACAUACAUAUUUCUUUCCAAAGCAAAUGGAUGUCAGAAGUGCUAGUUCAUGAGGAGAAUGGUGUAUCUUACGAAGGUGGCCUUCUAUCCGACGUAACCUAUAGGUUUUUCAAUCACGGUUAUCUGAUGACAACUUCAAUGUAUUGUGAAAAAAUCGAACGCUUCGUACCAGUACUUCUCACGUGGAUGAAUGGCCUCUCCAAGGAUCAUUACAAAUCUCAUUUUAAGACUUUAUUACAACAGAUUAAAGAUACAGCAAAGUCGGACGAGCAGAAGAACAACUUAACUGAACAAAUCGUGGACUUCUCCCAGGCUCAGAAAGUGGGACUUAUGAGUGCUUACAUGGAGGUCUUUAACGUGGAUCGAGACGUCGCACUAUCCAAACUACACGGCUGCAGUCAACAUUUUUCCCAGGCCGUCACCCGCCUCAAGAAAAAUCGAAGCAUUGUGCGUUUUGACUUGAAGGACGAUUGGGAAGCCAAAUGCAAGGCUUUGCUCAAACCCGAUACACCUGGUAAUACUCUCGAAAUGAAAUUUGCAAAGCUCUUCUUGGAAUUUCCGAAUGCAAAAAAGUGGCUUGAUUGGUGGUGCACCGCCGAUACCCAAGCCAUGCUUUUUCCUGGUAGGAAGAGGAUGCCUUUGGACGAUCCACCAUUAUCUGACAACAAAAGUGAUGGAGAAAAAUUAUUAACAGUCAAAGAGAUCAAAAAAAAAUUACACUCAACCACAAACGGUCAAGAAUCUAUGCACAGGGUCUAUUACUUGUUGUCAGAUUAUCAAAAUGCUCAAAAAGGGGUUUCCAUCGCCUACGGAUCGUCACAGAAGAAUUGGGAGGAACUCGUUAAAGGAUUAGGAAUGCCUAAGCCCACCAAACGCCGCUAUUUCAAGAACGACGGCCGGCCUCCCGACACCACCGACGAACUUCUUGGUAAUACCAAAAAGACUAAGGCGUCAACCCGCACUCCAGGACGUCCCAGAGGCUCUCAAAACGUCAAUCGAGCAGCUUUAACCACCUAUCAGUCGUAUACUAAAGGUACACGACCAGGUACUACCAACAGAUGUUGGCAGAGCUCAACCCUUGAGUCUCUAUAUGCUCUAUUUGGGCCUUUAUGGAGCGAUUUCGGUUCUGUCAAUGGCAGCGGACUGGUCCAUGUACUAUAUCAGCAUCUCACUAAAAGAUGUACUGCGCAACUCCAAGGAAAGAACCUUGGCAGGCUCCUCUCAUCUCACCAGAAUCUCCUACACAACACUCUUCGAACCCCGACAUCCUAUCAACCGGACGAAAUGGCAUCAGCUGACCAGUUCAUGGAAAGGCUCCUACGCCCUGGUCGACAUUCUCUUAGGCCUUUGUUUGAAGUUCCAUUUAUUAAGGCUCACAUCUGUCCUGCCGACGCCAAACAUACUAGAGUUGAAAGUAAAACAAGAGCUUGCCAGGCUUUGUUUCCUUACAACUUCACCGACGCUGGUCUUUCUUACGAUGAAGUAGGCUUGAUGAUUGAUCUGUUAAUGUCUGAAGGCCUUUCUACGGACAGUAGACUCGUAUGCCGCAAGUGCCAUCCCGAGGACAACAACGAGGACGAAUCCGAUUGCGUAAUUCAAGCUUCACCGCCUCAGAAUCUCACCACACUCGUAGAGAAUGUCAAGAUUGAUCUCACUAGCAACCCAAAAUUGGCGCCUUUGCACCUAUAUUUCCUUCUGGAAGGGAUAGCUGGUUUGGAAGCAUCUGCACGUGCGGAUUUCCAGAAUAAUACUAACUGGCCAUCAAGAAUUAUAGUAGGUGAUGUGGAGUAUUGCUUGAUGACACGCGGGUAUUGGGGUGGCUUACACUACUGGUGCAAGGUAGUGCGUGAUGUAGAAGGAAUUUUGGGUGUUUGGCAUUACGACGAACUUCAGAACGGUGGCUUUGCUCAAUUGUUGAGCCGCAAUAUCACCUCAAUUGGUGGGUGUGAUGCACAAACCAGCUGGCUUUGUUAUUCACGAAUCCCUUUUAAUCACGAGCGCUCUCGUAUUGCCUCAUCAAUACGUGAUUUGAUGAAGGAAUUUCCACAAAAACACACCCUUAUACCUUUCACGAUGCCUUUGGAGGGAUUUCCUGUAGGUGGUGGCCUUCCCUCUCUUGAAGAGGUUGUUGAAGUUGUGCAAGAACAUCAGGAGGAAGUUCCGGAAGAACAUCAGGAGGAAAUGGUGGAAAAUCAUCAUAACAACAACCACGACAAUCAGCCUCCUACCCAAUCUUUCAAGAUCAAGCUCAAGUUAGCGCCACGUAUACCAUCAACGGAAAAACUAGCUGGUGAUGGAGAAGGAGGAGCUGAUCUAAACAACAAAGAGACUUUGGUUAAGAAGCCAAAAAGGUCCCAAAAGUCACAACCAGCAGGGGAAGAUGAUCAAGCCGGGCAACCCACCACUAAGGCUGGCAGAGCCAGAGCUGUCAGAGCAAAACGUGGGGUAAAAAAGUUCUCAUCAUAA